ACGGUUGCUGCAGAGGCGCCUUGGACGCCGGGCCGCGUGUGUAUUCUCGGGGGCGUGGCGGCGGGAAGAGCCGGGCGGUAGGCGCUGGCGGUCUCCGGGUGGCCGCGCCUCCCCUGGAGCCGGGCUCUGCGGGCACGUGAGUGGGAGCGGAGCGGCGGGGAGAAGCCGACCCGGCCGACGAGGUCCGGCUCGCGGCUGAAGGACCUCCUCAUCUCCACAGGCCCUGGAAGUUCAAGCCUCGGAGGCCAUGGAUACCUCGACGCCUUUGCCUCCCGUAGCCCCCUCCCCGGCCUGCAACCCAGCCCCACGGACGAUCCAGAUCGAGUUCCCUCAGCAUAGCUCGUUACUCCUGGAGGCCCUGAACCGCCACAGGCUGGAGGGAAAGUUCUGUGACGUGUCCCUCCUGGUGCAGGGCCGCGAACUUAGGGCCCACAAAGCGGUGUUGGCUGCCGCCUCUCCUUACUUCCACGACAAACUUCUUCUGGGGGAUGCACCACGUCUCACCCUGCCCAGCGUCAUCGAAGCCGACGCCUUCGAGGGGCUGCUCCAGCUCAUUUAUUCCGGACACCUCCGUCUGCCACUGGAUGCUCUCCCUGCCCACCUCCUUGUGGCCAGUGGUCUCCAGAUGUGGCAAGUGGUAGAUCAGUGCUCAGAGAUCCUUAGAGAACUAGAAAACUCAGGUGGUGGGAUUUCAACUCGGGGAGCGACCCCUUUCCACACACUUCUUUCCACCACAUCCUCUCCAGGAGGCUGGUGCAUCCGCUCUUCCCCUUUCCAGACUGUGGCGCAGUCUUCUGCUUCUACCCAGAGCCCCGUUGGAGGGGAGGGGAGUGAACUGGGAGAUAUGUUACAGCUUCAAGUUGAAGAAGAGGAGGAGGAGGAGGAGGAGGAAGAAGAUGAGGAGGACCAGGGGUCAACAGCACCCCCUCAGACGCCUCAGCCUCAGAGAGGGUCAGGGGGUUUUCCCCGCCCUCCUGCAUCCCACACCCUGCCCACAUCCACUACUCCUUGCAGGCUUCCAGAGGGCGAGAGUGCUCCACCUGAGCCUCCUGCCCCUCAUACUGCACUGCCUCCCAAAAUCUUCUACAUUAAGCAGGAACCCUUUGAGCCCAAGGAGGAGAUAUCAGGAGGCGGAACUCAGUCUGGAGGAACAAAGGAGGAGACCAAAGUGUUUCUAGGAGGGGACACUGAAGAGAAUGGAGAGCUAGGGUUCUUGCUGCCCUCAGGAGCAGGGCCAACAUCUGGAGGAGGUGGUCCAUCCUGGAAACCAGUGGAUCUUCAUGGGAAUGAAAUCCUGUCAGGGGGUGGGGGACCUGGGGGAGCAGGGCAAGCUGUGCAUGGGCCUGUGAAGCUAGGCGGGGCACCCCCUGCAGAUGGAAAACGCUUUGGUUGUUUGUGUGGGAAGCGGUUUGCAGUGAAGCCAAAGCGUGACCGGCACAUCAUGCUGACUUUCAGCCUUCGGCCCUUUGGCUGUGGCAUCUGCAACAAGCGCUUCAAGCUGAAGCACCAUCUAACAGAGCAUAUGAAGACCCACGCUGGAGCCCUGCAUGCCUGUCCUCACUGUGGCCGCCGGUUCCGAGUCCAUGCCUGUUUCCUUCGCCACCGGGACCUGUGCAAGGGCCAGGGCUGGGCCACUGCUCACUGGACUUACAAGUGACUACUGAGGCCAUACACUAACUUCCAGGACAAGGGAGCCACUGCUGCUGUUGGAUACUUACCCCUCACUACCAUGGCACCCGAAUCCUGUAUCUUGUUAAUUAUGCCAAGAGGAUAGCUAUAUUAUGGACCUCUUGUUUUUGGGUGUGGGCUUCAACCUGACCGAUUUGGAAACUGAUUUCUCAUCUCACUCCAGGUUUUGGCUAACUACCCUACAGGAAAGUGGUUUACAGGCCAUAUAUAAAUCGAUCAGUUGCCCAUAAUAGAUAUUCUUUUCAUACAGGAAACUGGAAUUCAGAUUAGAAGUUUAUUUGAUGAGAGAGGAGUUAGCAAGAAAAAUUAUGAUAAAUAUUUCAUUCAGUCUCUGUGAGUAGUUAAGGGAGCUGGUCUCCAUCUAGAGAUAUGUUUGAUUCAGAGUUCUAGUAAUCUGGAGACUAAGCUCUAAGCUUUACUCUCCCUCAUCAUUGCUGAAAUUAUGUGAGUAGAGGUCUUCUUAUAUACUUUUGUUAAAAUUUUCCAGAAUCCCUUCAGAUUAUAAAUUGCUUUCUCACUAGUAGGUAAUUUUGCAACACCUUUUUUUUUGUAUGUUGUAGUUGAGCACUUUAACAGAUUGAGCAUUCCAUGUGUCACUUAGACCCGUCUUUAAUAGAGGAUCUUAGUUCCCGGACCAGGGGUCUAACCUACGCCCCCUGCAGUGGAAGCGCGGAGUCUUAACCACUGGACUGCCUGGGAAGUCUCUCUUGUCUACCUUUGACCACCACUGAUCAUCCAUAUUGAUCACACUGACUGGAAUGUGACCAGUGAACUCAGGAGAUGGCCACUGACCUAAAAUACGCUCAGGGUAGCACCACCGCUCUGAAGAAGUGGCUAUGGUCAGAGGGACUCAGGGCUGAGACGGCACAUGCUGAAAACUAGAGAAAUAACUGCACAGUGGGACCUCACCCCCUCCCUUUCCAUCCCUACCCACACUUGACAGCCCCUUGGUCGACACAUAGAAGGAUAGAUGUUGGAAUGGGGAGAUUGUCAUAAGUUUCUUAAUUUCUUCAAAUAAACUUUGCCGUGAAAGCUAAGCUGA